UGAAAUAUAGACGUUCUUGUGGUGCUCCGAAUAUAUUGUAUUAUUAUUGCCUAAAAAGCCAACAUUUUCAGACUGUAAAUAUUGUACAGAUUUGUUUUAUUUACAUUACUUCGACUGCGUGACCUUGACCCAUACCGCUGUCCAGAAGCAACAUCCCGAAACCGGCUCAGCGCUCGCUAGUCACCUCCAGUGGCGGCGUCAGCAACACUGUGGCUCAGACUCCCGGUGAUUGUUCAAUUUAUUUUUUUUUUUUUUUUUUUUAUUUUUUAUUCAAAUGAAUAUUAAUUUUCCUUUUUCUUUUCACUUGGUUCUAUGAAUGUAAGGCUCCUUCUCCCAUAAUUAUUUUACCCAUCCGUGGCCUUCCCGAUCUGUGUGAGUCUUCCUUACGGGCCCAAGGAAGUGAAGCUUGUUGUUUUUGUUUUCCUUUGAACCUAUAUUUUAAGACAUUAAAAACAAUGCCGAAUAGUUGCUCCAAAUGUACUAAACCGAUUCCAGCCGGUUCUUCUCCCAUCAGCUGUUAUAAGUGCAGGGGAAAUUUUCACCCCGUUUGUGUCAACGUCGCGAAGAAAGAUCAGGAGUAUUUGAGCGAGACCAAUGCCAAAUGGGUGUGUCCCUCUUGCACCACCUCCGGCCGUUUGCUUCGUAGCGGUUCCACUUCCACUGAUGCACGAUCAACAUCCCCAUCUUCUCCCUCAGUUUCCGCUACAAACGAUCCUAUUACGAUCGUUCAUUUCAAUGCUCUCAUGGAGCAGAUGCGAGCUAUGAACGCUGGUCUGGAGAGAGUCGGAAAACGAGUAGAUGAUCUUUUCACUAAGCUGGAUAUCUGUACGGCGACAUUGAACGAACAUUCUAGUACUUUGGCGGCUCACGAAUCCUCUAUUCAGGCAUGUAAGUCGGACAUAUCGUGUCUCCAGGACGCUCACACGUCCCUCUCUAACAACAUAACAUCAAUUGCUGAAAAGAUGGAAAAUGUGGAGUCAACACUUUCUCUUACCCGAAAAGAUGUUCCGGCUGACGAUUUCCCUGAGAUCUUGGAUAGGGUGAAGAAGUCUUUCAAUCUUAUCAUCACCAAUCUGCCCGAAAGAGAGGAUAAUAAUGAUCUGCCUGUCGUUGGUGAAAUUGUUGACCUUAUUUCUGCCAACUCAAGUCGAUAUCUAACAAAUACCAUGAGAAUUCAGUCAAAGGACAAAAGAAAACCUCGCUGGACCAAACUUACUUUUUCCAACCCUGAAAUAGCUUCAACUAUACUGAGAAACAAAACUUCCCUACAAGGCAACCAGAAAUACCACAACAUAAGAAUACAGGAUGAUAAAACUAGAGCACAGAUUUCUACGCUGAAUGCUGCCCGCGAGGAGCUCAAGAGAAGACAGGAUUUGGGGGAUACUGAUAUUACUAUCAAAUAUAUCAAGGGAACUCCAACUGUUGUAUCACUACCACCUGGAAGGAAGAAUGAAGAUUCAAAAAACUAACACCUCUCAAUAGCUGGCCCAUUUUAUAUACUAACAUUCAAUCACUUUCUUCAAAAUUUGCAGAACUACUCUCUUAUGUCCAACUACAUAAGCCAGUCUUGAUGUUUGUUUCUGAAACUUGGCUGCAACCUUCCAUACCAAAUUCAAUGUUUGACAUCCCUGGCUAUGGGCUCUUUCGUGACGAUAACUUAGACUGUCUUGGUUACCGGGGUGUUUGCAUCUAUGUGAGUUCACACAUAUCCUCUUCCUUUGGAGUUGAUGUAAUUCAUCAUAAUUGGACGGGUAUAGACAACCUUUUCCUAAAAAUAACUAAACCUUGCUUUUCCUUGCUAGUAGGUUGUAUUUACCGACCUCGCCCCAGCUCUGCUGAUUGGAGCUGUGCUCAGUUCAUGCGGCAGUCAUCUUUAGAUUACAAUAACAUGUUGAUUACAGGAGACUUCAACUGCCCUGAUAUUACCUGGCCCAUAGUUCAGUCGCCUUCAGUGAAUUCCCCGUCCUUUCCUUAUGCAGAAAUAGUUUCUAACUCAGCACUUCAGCAGUUGGUGGAGAACCCCACCAGAUAUCGCCUCGGACAAAAUCCAUCCACAUUAGAUUUAUUUUUCACAUCAGACCCAGACACUGUAUCAGAGAUCAAAUAUUUAGCACCAUUCGGAAAAUCUGACCAUUUAACUUUGGCCACUGAAAUCCAGUUACAGGCUCCCACUCCUCAAAAUAAUCAAUUCAAAACCAUAAGGAAAGUGAACUAUGACGGCAUUGCUGCGGAACUGUCAUCGAAGAACUGGAGCUUGAUCCUUGCAGACGAUCAGAUGAAUGCUAUAUGGUCUACCUUUCUCUCAAUUGUUGAGACUGCUAUUGCAACCAAUACGUAUACAAAACAGGUUAAAUUUAAUCCUUUGAGACCCUGGAUUGAUGAUCGUAUUUUGGCACUAGUGAGAAGAAAGAAAUCUCUCUGGCAGAGAUUCUUGAGAACCAGAGCUGAUUCGGACUACAUAAAUCAUCGUAACCUUUCCAACUUCGUCAGUAAGGAAAUCAAGUCAUCCAAGGCAGCAUUUGAGAAUAAUUUGGUCUCGUCCAGGAACCCUAAAAGGAUGUUUAAAUACGUAAGAUCCUUCCUCAAUUCUAAGGUUGGGGCACCGAUUGUUAGAAGGCUUGAUGGUAACAUGUGUGGGAGUCCUGUGGAGUCGGCGGAUGUACUCGCUGAUGUCUUCUCUUCAGCUUUCACCUCAGAGCCACCUGGACCUAUCCCGACUUGUCAAACAGAACGGUCUAUUCCUGGGAUGUCACAUGUUUGGAUUGAUGAAGAAACCGUUGAGAAAUACCUCUUGGAACUAAAAGUUGAUACCUCUCCCGGACGUGAUGGUAUUACCUCACGUUUACUUAAAUAUUGUGCUAAGGCUAUGGCGGUGCCUUUAUCCACCAUAUUCUCCAAGUCAUUCCGAGACUCUUGUCUUCCAUGUGACUGGCUGUCUGCCACGGUUACGCCAAUUUUCAAGAAGGGUGAUAAGCUCUCACCACUGAACUAUCGUCCAAUAAGUCUAGUCUCAUCAGUCGCCAAAGUUCUAGAACGCAUAAUCUGUGACCAACUUAUCAAAUUUGCUAUGGAGCACUCUAUCAUACCGCGGGAGCAACACGGCUUUAUUCCCGGCCGCUCCACUCUUACUAAUCUUCUAACAGGUCUGUCUGCUUGGACUGAGUCGUACGACCGCGGCAUUCCGGUGGACGUUUUGUAUCUUGACUUUUCUAAAGCCUUUGACCGGGUUCCACAUAGGCGUCUCAUUUCGAAGUUGGAUCAUCUCGGCGUUCGUGGAAAUCUCCUGAGCUGGAUUUCAGCUUUUUUGUCCAACAGAACAUUUCGUGUGAAAGUGGGUGAUGCUUUAUCUUCAUCCAACAGAACAGUUGGGUCAGGCGUGCCGCAGGGAUCGGUUCUUGGGCCCAUUCUCUUUCUCCUGUACACAUCCGAUCUGCCAUG